AUGUCGAAUCCACACGAAGAAACAUUGCUCGAAAAAGCCAAAGAAGGAAAGAUUGAUUCUCUUGAAGGAAAGGCACGUUACCUUGCUUAUGGUGCUCGUAUCCGUACUGCGCUUUUGGCCUCGACUCGUUAUUUAGCCUAUACCUCUGAAGUGGGUGAAGCAUUCAGGCCUAUAGCUCACCCUGCACUUGUCACUGCUGCUUAUGGUGUAAGCUGGCUUUAUUUAGGUUUGGAUGUAUCUUAUGAAGGUUAUAAAGCUGCUCAUGCCGGUCAGGAUAAAGUCAUUGUGGCCACCACAGUCGUGAAAAGAGGUGUAUUUCAGUCUAUUGCUUCUAUGCUUGCUCCUGCAAUUACUGUCCAUAGUAUUGUAAAAUAUAGUGCAUAUGCAUUUAAAAACGUCAAGAAUCAAAAGGUAAAAGGAUGGGGUCCAACUGUAUUGGGUCUUGGUAUUGUGCCAGUCUUGCCGUAUUUGUUUGAUGAACCCAUUGAACACGUGAUUGACAAGGUCUUUAAGCCAAUUGAAGAAAGAGUAUCAAAGCAAGUGGUGCCUAGAUUAGGACACAAUAAGAUUGGCGAUGAUUUACCUACUGAACAACAAAUUGAAGCCAAAGAACAAAUUGAUAAAAAGACGCGAUAA